UUGAGUGCGUAAUGUUGUUGGUGUUGUUGUGAUUGUUGUUGAUUGUUGUUGUUGUUGUUGUUGUAGCAUGUGGAGGAGAAAAUAUGGAGGCGGAUGAGGAAAGGCAGCGUAUGGAAGGCUUUGUACGCGAUUUGUUCGCCAAGACCGAGGAUUUCAACUUGCUGACCAAGAAGAUCGUGCGCAAGAAAUAUUUACAGCACUCAAACAGAACCAGUUUGAAUUCCGAGCAAAAGACUCUCCUUACCGACGUUAUCAUCAACUUGUUGUUUGAAUUCAAUGUAGGAAAAGAUAAAUCUGCAGAUGAAGAUGACAGAAACACCGAGAUCAAAGACACAACAUCACCAAAAGCAUCCGAAACGACAGUCUCACCAGAGGACAAGAGCACAAUAGAGACAUCAGAUAGCGUCAAAGAAAAAUCAGACGGUGAUGCCAAAAAUGGAAAGGAGUUGCCAAAAGAAGCAGGAUCUGUUGUUGAUGAUGAUGAUGAUAAUGGUAGUUGUGAGAUUAAUGGCGAUGCUGCUAAUUGUAAGGCUGGUGCCAAGGAUGACCAGAAUAUUGGAACUGACCGAAAAAAUGAUGUCAGUUUGGAGAGUGAUGCCAAAAGCAUUGAUAAUGUUAAAAGCAGUGAAAAUAACUUUGGUGGCGUAAAGAAAGAGGUAGAUCUGGAGACUGAUGCAGUCAAAGAAAAUGAAGAUGAUGUUAGUGGCGGUGGGGAUGGCGGGAAUUUACCGGAUUCUGUGCAUGGAAGUUCCAAAAUGAUGAGCAAGACGAUUGGCGUGAGUCAUUCACGAAGAAACAUUCGAGUCAUUGCGAAACCGACUCGGAAGGAAUUGACAUCUAUACAAGAAAGUGGUAAGAAUAAAUCACCUGGCAUUGCAGAAACCAGCAUAGUUUCCCCAGAUGCUGACGCUGACGUGUCUUGUAACGAUGACAGAAACGAUUUAAAGGUCUCUGAGGAAAAAGAAUGCCAAAUCUCGUCGUCUCUGAAAUCUUGUACAGAAGAUAAAUCAGCCAAGUCGGUGCCAGUUCCAAAUUCAAAGAGAUUGUCAGCAUUUGAGGUUCUUCACUCUGUUCUUGAAGACAGCAGUGAUGCCAUCAGCAGCUUGCACAGUGAUGAGGAUGUAGGGCAAGAGACGGACGAGUCUGUUGUGAAAAACGUUUUGCAUAUCAGGAACACACCGUUCUCUUUACUUUCCAGUGAUAGUCAGGAAGUGACUGCGGAGAAGAAUAAUGUCACGAGGGAGGAGAUGGGCACACCAGUUCGAAGCCGCUUUCACAAAGCAUCCCUUGAGUUAGAUAAUGCUAGUUCCGAUAGCGCUUUCACGCCGCCAGCCAAGCUGAGGAAGCUAAUACAGAUAAGUGAUUCGUCCGAGUCGAAUAAUAGUCCAAUUAGAAUCCGUCUGUUUCGGAACCGUAUCAUAAACAGUACCUUGGGAAAUGUGAAGUCAAAGAAAGCCAAGAAAAUCAUCGACAGCGAUUCCGAUAGCAAAAGUCCAUUCAAGGUGGAGAACAUAAAGGGAGGUGAUCCUGAUAGUCCAGUGUUGAAUACUACACGAAAGAAACGGUCUUCCGGUCAAGCGGUGAAAAGUCGACAAUCCAAGAAUGAAGCAACAGCAUGUGAUAAUAACAGAACGAAGAAAACGGUGAAGCCGUUCACGAUUUCUUUGUCUAAAAAGGAAAUACUUAAAAACUCAGAUUCUGAUUCUGGUUCCAGUUCCGAUCUUGACCGAAAUACGGUCAGAAGCAAAAGACAGAUGGCCAAAAGAAGAAAACUGUCCGAUUCUCAAGAUGACCAGCCACAACAAGUAGUUUCUUCAGCAUCAUCGUCCCAUUCAGAAUUGGAAUCGGAUGACCUGAAACUUUCACAAAUCAAACUGUUAUAUUCUCAGAAUCAAAAAGAGUCGAGCAGUUCAGACAGUGACGAGGAUCUACUAAUUAAUUACGCAGCUGGUGGUGCCAAGCAUCACCUUACUACCAAAGAAGCAAGCAGUAAACCCUGUGGUAAAAGCGGGCGAGGUGGUGGUGGUGGUGCCUUCACGUCCAAAGUGAAGAUCAUUCGUGAGAAAGGCCUAAACAGCUCUGACAGUGAAAACCCAGCAUCCAGAUCCCUGUCUGCUGCAAAAAAAGAAGGUGCUGACAAUUCCGUUUACACUAUGCGCAUUAUUCGAGAGAAUGUGCCCGUCAAUUCCGAAAGUGAUAACGCAUUGCAACAUGAUUUGCCUACCUGUGAUACAGCGACGAUGACCAAAGGUGAUGAUAGCCUGGAUGACGAUAAGCUUUCUCCAGAGGCAUCAGCUGAAGUAGAGAACAGUGACGAAGGGGACUCCAAGAACGGAUGCAAUGGGCAAGAGGAAGAGGACACAGACUCCGACACUUCGUUGUCGUCAUCACUGUCAUCGUCAUCAAAUAUUUCAUCCUCCAAGAAAAACACCAGUGCAAAGAAAGUCAGUGCUAAAGCGACGGCCGAUUCCGUCGAAGAAAGCUCUCAGGUCAAACUGUUUCGAAGAAUCUGCCGAGCUGCGGAACUUUUUGUCAAUUACAAGAAAGAAUUCCAGGACUUGAAGACAGACAGACAGAAAUGUAAACGCUUGAGGGAAAUACUAAAAGAUGCUGGUAUGACAGGCCGUCCAACAAUGAAAGCUGCGGAAAGAAUACGUUUGUUGCGCGAAGCUAAACAGUUAAACAAGGACAAUAUUAUAUCUUGUGAUUCAGGUCGAUCCCGUAGGAAACGAAAAGGGUUUUUCUCUGUGGAAAACUCUCCUGCCAAAAUAGUAAAAUCUAAGCCCGAAAGCUUCCAUAACCUGAAAGGAGUUGUGGACAGUGAAGGGUCCGGAAGCGAUAUGGAAACAUAAACCAAACAAAAGGAGCCGAAGAUGCCGGAAACAAUCCCUGUGAUAUUGUAGGAAAAGAUUCUACUUGACUCUUGAAAUGACUCUCUCUCUCUCCUUCUUCAUUUGAGUUCUUCCUGCCCCCACCCCCCACUUUCCAACAAACACCCAAUGCAUAUCCCAUACCUUGCACACCACACACACACACACGACAGAUUAUUUACACACACAAUUUCAUUCUCUCACACACAUGCUUAGAUACACACGUUCAACACACAUUCGUUCGUUCAUACACACACACUGGACCAUGAUAUUUUGUAGUCUUAUCUUCCCACACACACACACUUUCUCUCUCUCUCUCUAUUGUCAACUAAAAGCAUUGUCUCACAAUUUUAUUGAUAUCUUUGUUCUCUCUCUCUCUCUCUCCACUUUCCUCCUUCUUUCUUUCUGCCCCUCUCUGUCUCUUUCUGUGUUUUUCUCCAUUACUGUUUCUCUUUCUCUUCUCCCCCCUCUCUCCUUCCGUUACUCUCUUUCU